AGCCGAGGCAAGUAGCGACCGUAGGCUACCGAGGGUGACCGAGGUGAUACGAGCCGUGUUAGCAGCAGCCCGUCGACGCGAGCACGACCCAAGCUUUACCGUCGUUUCGACGUAGUGUCCACUACGUCGGCCUCGAACGUUUCACGCGAAAAUUGCUCCGGCUGCUCGUGAGUCGCGUCCGUGACCGGUGGCGGAUCUCUCACCCUCGCGAAUCUCGCCCGGGUUUCGAUCGCGAACGUCGAAACGACGUCCACGCGCGAAAGUGACAGCUCCGAGUGGUGUGCUCCAGUCUCGCGGAGAACGUUGGGGAACGCUGGGCUUGUCAGGCAGAAAAGAGAAUCCCCUUGCAGGUAACCGCGUCGAAUCCGAAUCGUGCGUCGCAUCUCCCCGAAGCUACCCGUGCACUACCCUCGCCUUGAGCGGCACGCAAAGCCAGCGGCAUUCCCCGCUGUACUUGCAAGACUAACGGUGCUGAUCCGUGGACCUGCCAAGCCGCGAACCGCAAGCGGUCCAAGAACGAGGAAGAGCUCGAAGUCGAGGACGAGCGGUGGACGCGGAAGAGUCGGGUCGUGAGAGCUCCGGGCGGGGUAGCCUUUGAUUGUGAUGUGGUGGAGCCCCCCGGGGGGCCGCGGGGGCAGGAGGUUAGAGGCAGAUCGGUCGUGAGGGCACCAGGCACGGCUCGGCUGCCCCGAGGCGAAAUCGCCGGUGGGGCGGAGGAGGAGGUAGGAUGGUGUGACCUCCGGCGUCAUCCCGCCCGACGCGGAGGUGGUGCUGGAGGUGGCGGAGGUGGCGGUGGAGUCGAGCAGCUGCUGCCCGACUCAGAGGAGGAGGAGCCGACGGCGAUGUCGAGGCAGCCUCGAGAUGAACGGGACCACGUGAUCCGUUGCGAGACGCCCCGAGACCUCCGUGACCUUCGGAACCGCGACUUCAGGGAUUUCAGAGACCUUCGGGACGUCAGGGACGGGAGGGACAUCAGAGAGGGACACGUCACUGACAGGCACUACCGGGACGACUAUCCGGAGUACGAUCAUCAUCCUACUGGUGCCUCCACCUCGGCGCUCACGAACAACCCGGAAAGAUCGAAUGGAAGGGCCACGCUGCAUGAGGGUCGCAACGAUCUGCAGUUAGUGAAUUUGUGCGUACCUCCAAGAUCGGCGAUCGUUGGCUCGGCGGACUCGAACUACUCGCAGCCGAGCUCGGAUCUCUCGCUGGACGAGGAGAAGGAAAGCUUGAGACGCGAAAAGGAGAAGCAGGCUCUCAAUCAACUCGAAAAAGCCAGGACGAAGCCGGUAGCGUUUGCAGUGCGGACCAACGUGAGCUAUGACGGAUCCGUCGACGAUGAUUCACCCGUCCACGGCUCGGCCGUCAGCUUUGACGUUCGCGAUUUUCUUCACAUCAAGGAAAAGUACGACAACAACUGGUGGAUCGGCAGGCUCGUGAAAGAGAACUGCGACGUGGGUUUUAUCCCGUCACCGGUGAAGCUGGAGGCCUUAAGGUUGCAGGCGAACGCCGCGCGUGGCACGAAGGGUCUCUACUUGGCGCGAGGGUCUUCAGGGAACCUUGAGAGUGGUAUGCCCUCACGUGGUUCCACACCACCUACGCCAGGUGACGACAGCGACAGCGUCGGGAACGUGCGGCCCGGCAAGACCACCCUGACGACCCCACCCGCGAAGGAGAAGAGGAAGAACUUCUUCAAAAAGCCGGAGACGACAGCACCCUACGACGUGGUACCCUCCAUGAGGCCUGUGGUGUUGGUUGGACCGUCGCUCAAGGGCUACCAAGUGACGGACAUGAUGCAGAAGGCGCUCUUCGAUUUUCUCAAACAUCGCUUCGAAGGCAGGAUUAUAAUCACGAGGGUAAUGGCGGAUAUUUCGUUAGCGAAGAGGUCGUUGUUGAACAAUCCAACUAAAAGAGCGAUCAUGGAGCGGUCAACCAGUAGGAGCAGUUGUUUAGCAGAAGUUCAGCAAGAGAUCGAGAGGAUUUUCGAGCUUGCUAGGACUCUUCAGUUAGUUGUUCUGGACUGCGACACCAUAAACCACCCUUCGCAGUUGGCGAAGACCAGCCUGGCGCCCACGAUCGUUUACUUGAAGAUUUCUUCGCCGAAAGUUCUGCAAAGGCUAAUCAAGACCCGAGGAAAGUCGCAGAUACGUCAUCAAAACGUACAAAUGGUGGCCGCGGAUAAGCUGGCACAGUGUCCGCCGGAGAUGUUCGACGUCAUCUUGGACGAGAAUCAGCUAGAGGAAGCAUGCGAGCACAUAGCCGAGUACCUGGAAGCUUAUUGGAGAGCUACGCAUCCGCCGGACAUCUCUUCGGUGCCACAUGCCGUGCCAGCAUCUGAUGCACCUGUAGAUACAUUAACGCAACGCGUGCCAUCAGGUGCUCAUCACGAGAGUUACUACGGUCACGAGCCAAGAGGAUCGGGCUCAUACAGCGGCGGACAUGUCAGCGGCGGAACGAGAAGAUCGCGGCUGGAACGGAUGGAUCGUGAUCGGGGCGAUCGCGGGGAACACGAUUACGGCACCGAGGAAGAAUACGGCGUCGAUUAUGGCAGUGCCUCGAGGCGUCGUCAGCAGCAGGACUCGCGUGCUCUUAACGCUAUUUAGGAGCUGGGGCCCCGGGGCCUGUCGCUACAGCGCUGUCCCCACCUGCGCACCACCGCCCUAUAGUGAGCUCACCUCCCGGUAACGCUACCGAUUGUAGGAAGUGCGCAACGCUACCUCGCGAUAAGAUCGCUGCGCUCUGUUAGUGGGGCUGUUUCCUGUCGCGCUACUCGCUAGAAAGAGAAACGAGAGAAGCAGUAAAUCGGCUGGCACGCCAUCUCCGCGCGCUCUUGACCGAGCGAGCCUAAAACACACUAUCUCAUAUCGAUUCUAUCCGAACGCACCUCGAUGACCUCGAAAAAAAAAGAACCGUUGACAAUUAUCUCCGCGUAUUCGUCCAAUUAGGGAAUCUCGCUGUCUAUACGCUACCGGUCGCCAGCAGCGUGCACGCUAUUUCUGCAUCACGCGCUUGCACUUCAUUCGCGCUGCUUGCAAUAGUAAUUAUAAAGACCUCAUCAUUGAUCACUGAUGAUUCAGUUGCGACGUAACUGUCGGAGUAUUUUCUUACACGCUUAGAGCGUGUGCCCUUAUCUUCCGGAAGCUCCUGUAUCUGCAACACUACUACAAUGUUUGUCACUAUUUACUAAUAUUCCUUUACAUUGCCGGGUAUUUCAGUAAAGUCCACUAUCGAUUCUAUAUUGUAUGUGAUUACGCUUCAUUAACACUUUGACCGUCAUGCUGGAUUCGAGUGUGAGUCCCAUUAGGCCCGAAUUCUAUGUCUGUCGUGCACGAUUCUGUUACAAUUGUUUAAAAGUGAGGCUUUAGUAAACAAAUUGAUCCAUCACAGUUGAGAAUUUCACCAUAACAGUUCUCGAUUGUUCUCGAAUGUGACUAACCGAUUAUUGCUUAUGUUUCAUCGUUCUUUAUGUCUAUGCCGAACAUAUUACCAACUGUUGCACUUGAUCGGCUGGAAUAUUUUGGUAAAUCAUUUCCAAUUGAACAAAUAAGACCGUCAUUUGCAGACGGAUCACGACGGAGGCUCUGCAGAAGUUCACGCAGAAUGUGAGAACGGCAUGGCACUCAACGUGUUAACAACGAAUCAACAAAGACCGUUUGAUGAUAAGAAAGUUUUUCUUUCCUUUUCUGAUAUGCUAGCAUUCAUCAACAGCGUGCACGUGUGUGGUUACCUAGGCCAACAUUCACUCCGAUAACCAAGCCGCUUAUCGUCGAACUACGUGUAAAGACAAAACACAAAACCAAGAUCGUUAUUCCCGCGCGGACGAGUCCCGUCAGCGCACCACCAAUUGCAACUCGCACACGUCACCAGUACCUGCGGAAACAUAUUUUCACGUCUGUACGUCGCGUCUCGCUUCGUCAACGAACCUCAAUCAAUGUCGCGUGUUACUCUGACAAUGUUAUCAUGACGAUAUUAUCCGCGAUCGCGGAGUUAUGCUACUCGUUGAUCAUACACUACCGAACAAUCCACUCGCACAAAUAUCAUAGAAGUGUACUUGCCCAACGUGACGUAUGCUACAUUUAAGAACUCUGGCUGUAUUAUGUCGAACAUGUCAACCAUCUAUCAUAACGAUUGUCAGUGUCAACUGCACACUAUUAAUGCUGACACACCGUGACUGUUAACCAUAAUCGAGAUGAUGAUAUAUCUAUAUUGCAUUCUCGUGUGAGAUCCUUUUAUGCCCAUUUUAUACCGAGGAAGAACAACGUUAUCGAAAGAUACAUACUUGGCUAUAUCCAGUGCUCCUCGUUGAGCACCCUACUCAAUGUCGUUCGCACACUCAACCGAGAACCCUGCACACUUCUUCGCGCGAGAUAUUGUACUUGCUCUCGAAUCUUCUCUCACAAGUCUCAGACACGCGUGCGAAGGAAAUCGCGACAAAUUGUCAGGAUGACUUCAACGCACUCGACGAGAUGUCCUUCAUGUUAAAUUGACAAUUGGAAUUUCAUCCUAGAAUCGAUCUUGGAAUUAAUUGAUUAUUGUUAAUCGAAAAUCCCUUCAUGUACACACUUCGACACACACUCGUGUCUUUGAUGGAUUUUACUUCUAGAUACGUAUUACUUGCCAAACCCUAAAAUCAUUGCGAUGGACUUCUUCCAACAUUCACGCGCGAGAGUCGAAGUAUCGAAUGAAAUCAUUGCAAACACUUAAUUAAGGAUUCGAGUAUAAUGAUAACGAUCGUUUGGUCGAGCGAUCUUCCUGACAGGAGCUUUGGUCGAGUCGAAACGAUCUUCCAGUGUCCUUGUCAUCGCAGUACACGCAGGACAAACCCCAUUUGCGGAACCAGCUCGACGACACUAGUAGACGCGCGAGAUAAUCGCGUGGAACGAAGAGACCAAGAUAGAAAGUGCACUCGAAAGAAAGUGAAGAGAGCCCUGGGGCCUUACUCCCUGCACCGACUCCUCCUGGGCCCCAAAACCAAAUCUUUAUGUGAAACAUCGAUCGGCGAUCGACGCGGAUUUCUUCUCGUGAUCGAGAGAAACUGGAGUCUACGAGAAACAAUUGAUUUCCAUUCUAGAGUCUAAUUGUAGCGAAAUGAUAAUUGACGAUUGAUUACAAUUGAGAACAGUUUAAUGAUUGUGUAGAAAAGUGACCUAUGAUCGACGUAACAGCUAAUUCCGCUCGUAAUUGAAGCAAAACCAGAGCUUUAACGAAAGCAAAGAUUUCAAUUCGAUCGUCGAUCGUGGCAGCAAACGUCGCCGCCAUAACCUUACGAUCACCGCUGAGGAGCGAUCCACGAUCGAUGCGGCUCCGCAAUCUCUCGAAUUUGAUCGUAGAAACUGAAAUCUGCCGUCGCGACUGUGACGGCGGACGUAGCGACUUAACGAUCGACGUAGUGAUAUUUACCAUCGCGAUCACGUAAUUAAAUUAGACAAAUUAACGUAGAGACGAGGCGUUUUGGGGAAUCUUUUAUUUGUGAGAUGAGAUACGCUGACGAUAGCUCGAGAUCGGAUAAUGUUGGUGCGCUGAAUCCGUUGAAAGUUUACGAUCGGGCGCUUCGACGAUCUGUCGCGCCGCCAAGGUGUUUAUACAUUUUAUUAGAGUUAUGCUAAAAGUGCGCGUGUACGUGUGUGUAUGCGCGUGUACGUGUGUGUAUGCGCGCGCGUACAAGUGCAUACACACACGUACACCACACUGAAGAAAACACUUUGUGUACAUAGUAUACAUAUAUACAUACAAAUUGUACACAAACGCAAGUGACUGUUUCACUAUAUCACUCGACGAAUUUUAAUCGAGAUUAAGAGAGGUUCAAAGAAAAUGAUUAUUCAGCGGAAAUGUGAAUGAAAAUUACGUCGCGCGCGCGCGGUAGAUACCAAUAAACUGUAUUAUAAAUACAAUUUUUUGUAUCAUCGCUGCAAGAGCUACAUCUUUUCGACGGAUAUUUUUCAUAUUAUUACAGCUCACCAUCACUCGAACUCGCACCAUUUGUUGCUGCAGCUGGAGCAUUGAAUUCGUUUCUGAAGCGACUGCGACAACGUUAAGAAUCUAAAUUAUUGCUCACAAAAGCUGAAAGAUCACAUUUUUAUUCACAUUUCCCACCAACGGCAUCAUGUAAAUAUUGUAAGAAGCCUUUGUAAGAAGCCAAUGAGUGCCGUUUUCAAGUACUCACCUAUGCAGCGCUGAUACGUUGCGAUUGACGUGGAUCGGCAUUCAGCUACUUGUAAUUAGGUACUUGUAAUUAGAUCUUCGAUUUGUUUUUAUGCUAAAAAUAUCACGAAAGAUUCGAGAAAGAUAUUUGCAGUCACGCGAGAUCUUCAGCACGUGACAACGCUCAUCGCAAAUAUCUUUCGAUUCCGGCGUAUAGAGCCAUUCGGCCGAAUAUGAUAAAAAAACAAAGACCGAUCGUGUCGAUCCGUUUUGCAGGCAUACACACGAAACAUUUCCCGCCUAGGACGAUACGAUUAAUCCCAUGGAGAUAACAUGAAGCGUAACACAUUUGACGAAAAUGAAACUUACGAAGUUCUUAGGACGUUCUCGCGGCCAAGUAGUUCGAAAUAGAUCACGAUCAUCGGCAUGGAUUAUCAUUUAGAGUAAAUUAAUCGGAAACUUUUUCCUAUGCGGCGACCGCGUGAGAAAGCGCCGCGUUUUUUUGAUUGGGGGCGAUGUGUCCGAUACUAUAUACGUCGCAGUAAAGACUAGCAUAAAUCUAGGCGUGGGUAAUCUCGGCUUUGUUUCUUUUUUAUACAUUUUCAAGUAAUCCACCGUUGUCUUCUCGAGAAUCGAGUAAGAAUCAGCCGUUCUUUCAGAGGGGGAGGAAAUCUUUUGAAAGUACACGACCUCUUUGAUCAUCGGGUCUUAGAGAGUUACUUGUGUAGACUUGUUUUUAUUGUAGACGCCGUGCGGCUUACGCGGAGCAUGAAUAGAUUUUGCACAUUUCUGCGAUCGAUUCUCGAUGCGUUCGUGAAGAUCGUCAAAUGUUGGAUUGUGGUUUGAGCUCAUAUAGGUCACUCGUUUGUUUGAUUGUUCGCUAUUUAAACGUUAGAUAGGUAUGUAUAGUUGGCCAAAGGAGAGUGUAGCGUUUGGAGAAAUGAUUUUUAUGGUUAAAUAGAAGUAUAUUCAUCCUUAAUUGGUACCUGCUUACGCUGCUGUAUAAUUCUAUGUUAUAAUCGUGCAAAUUUUUUCUCAUGAUCGUGCAAAUCAGAUCUCUUAAGAGAGGACGCAUUUAUGUAUCGAAAACAUGGAUUCUUUGAUUCUAUUCAUCUCGGUCACAUUUGACUUCAUUUAAUUAAUUAAAACGAGAGAUUAAACGUUAUGUUUGAUAUAAUAUAUCUAAUUAAGUUGAGUCUUAUCCAAUUAGUUCAUUUAUUUCUGAUCUUACGUUAGCCGAAAUUUAUGAGGCUGAUGAUUCAAGAGCAUUAGUUUUGCAACCGAUACGAAAAUUUGACACGAGACCUUCUAUUUUGCAGAUUGCGUUGCGAUGGAUGCUCGGUACCGAUUAAGGACGUAUCUCUAGCAGAAAGCGUGUCGCGAAACACACGAUUGAUUUGCACACGUUAUGAUCAUGUUCGCUAUGUUCGGUCUCCUUUUAACACUUGAAUCUUGUAAUUAGAUAGAUACGUACUUAUACGAAUAUCUCUGCCUCUGAAGCAUCUCGAAGCUUCGUAUAAAUUUCGUGCCGACGCGAAGCAUUGCGUCAAUAUCGCUUGUCAAUGUCGAGGAUGUAAAUUUUGUCUUAGGCAGAAAUUUUGUAAAGAAAAGAGAGACAUAGGUAUAAAUAUCGGACGUCGCGUUUGAAUAAGGAAGUCGAGAGCAGCGGAUGUUAUAUUCUUCAGUAAACGAUCACCUGAAAAUCGGGUCCGCUCCUAGUCCGACGCGAAAUUUCCGUAAACGAGCGACACGGCGCACAUUUCGGGACGAUUAAUCGCAAGGUCUUCUCUCGCAGCCCAGACUUGUAUAUACUAGGUAAAAAUACGUUCCGUUACGAUCGCUGUGAGUCUACUUGAUGAGGGAUACACACGCUGUGUCCGCUUCCGUGCGACAAAUUCGUUUCUUGCAUCGGCUCGCAUCGAAUGAUGACGAAUGAUCAAUAUAUUGUGCUUAUUUUUUAUAUUUGUUUAUUAGAAAUACAAAACGGCUCUGUGGGGUGCUUUCCACUUGGUGACACAAGUUGAGCUUCAUUCUAUCUUUAUUUAAUAUUCAGUGAGUAACAAAAGUAAGGUGAUGCUUGUGUCGACUUGUGGCACUAAACGGAGAGCACUCACACUUUUUGCACUUGACUUUCCCCUGUGUAACGUAAAAGCAUCAAUAUCUGGACACUAACAACACUAGUAUUUAAUUCUGGGCAUUCUUGUCGUUUUGGUUUGUAAAUAGGAAUAUUUAAACGCAGAAUAUAUGUAUUCUAUAUUUUGAAAAUUUAAAUAUUUGUAUUUAAAGACUAAAACAAUAAGUUUUGUCCAGAGUUAGGUACAAGUUAUUAGGGUCUAGACAUUGGUACUUUUACCAUAUUUCUUUGUUUUGCAAUUAUAUAAGUUCAUGAAUAAUUGUAUGAUUUUUCAGAAAUCAAAUUUAAAAAAUAUUGUGCAUAUAUUGAAUGCUUUGACUGUCACGCUGGAUUCGAGUGUUAGUUUUGCAUCGCAAUUGCCCAACAUUUUUGAGUGGUAUGGCUCUAAUAUAUUGCCAACCUCAUGAAUCACCCUCGCAGUGAAGCUAAAAUAUUAUAAUAUUUGGUAAAAUUUUCCUUAAUUGAGUAAAUAAAACGGGGGAUUCACAAUCGGGGGAAGGGAUUUCCUGCAUGAACUUAUGCGUCAUUGUCUGGCGUGGCACUCAACGUGUUGAUCUUUUUGGCAACUUAAGAGUACAACCAUAAUGCCAAUUUAUAUUACGGUGAAAUUUGGUGAGACAGUUUCUCCCGUGUAUCAACAUCGUUCGUUGCGAGAUCGAGAAUAUCGCUCGAUUGAUUGAUGAUUGACCGAUUCUGCUUGUUUGCGGGCCAAGCAAAGGUCUGAGCAAAGUCGUGCGCCAUAGUCCUAGUCAUGCAUACAUAAUACAUGCAAAAUACAUCUUGUAGACACUUUGAUUGUCGAGAUGGGAAUUUUUAUAAUAUUUUGUAACUCCUCGGAAUAAGCACUCAUGGAAGUUUACGCAUCCAUGAGUAUAUUGAACGACUUAUACACAUACACCUAUACGCAAAUAUGGUCAUAUAUACAUGUACAUGUGCGGAAA